AGCUGCCAGGCCCGGCUCCGCAGCCCCGAGGGCAUGAGCCUGGCCGAGUUCCUCUACCCGGCCCUGCAGGCCUACGACUUCCUGCACCUGCACCAGCACCACAGCUGCCGCAUCCAGCUCGGGGGAGCCGACCAGAUGGGCAACAUCAUGACCGGAUACGAGCUCGUCACCAAGGUGACAGGAGAAGAAGUGUUUGGAAUCACAGUGCCUCUUAUUACCAGUACCACUGGAGAUAAAUUGGGAAAGUCUGCUGGUAAUGCAGUUUGGCUAAACAGAGAUAAGACCUCUCCGUUUGAGCUGUACCAGUUUUUUGUAAGACAGCCAGACAGCACUGUUGAGAGGUACCUGAAACUGUUCACUUUCCUUCCUCUUCCGGAAAUAGAGCACAUAAUGGAAAUGCAUGCUAAAGAACCUGAAAGGCGGGGACCUCAAAAAAGACUUGCUGCAGAAGUAACUAAGCUUGUUCAUGGAAAAGAAGGUCUGGAAUUGGCCAAAAGGUGUACUAAAGCACUGUAUUACAGCAGUGUGGAGGCAUUGGAAGCUAUGUCUGACCAAGAAUUACAAGAACUCUUCAGAGAAGCUCCAUUUGCUGAAAUGAUGUUUGAACCUGGAAUGAGUGUACUUGAGUUGUGUGUCAAAACAAAUGCCAUUCAAGAUGGACCCAGUGGGUACCAGAAGAUUACAGAUGGUGGAGUCUCUAUAAAUUACAUGCAAGUAACUAAUCCAGAAGCUGUUCUUGUUAUUGGGCAACAUAUCCUCAAGAAUGGAGUGUCAGUACUUAGGAUUGGAAAGAAAAACUUCUACCUUAUAAAAUGGCUGCAGUUGUGACAAAGGAAAUAAUUAAAAUGUAAGAUACACCUUCGCACAAAGUUUUCCGGACUUACCUUGUCCUUUCUAUAUUGUGCAUAUUGCACAGCUCACGAGAACAGCCCAAUAGGAGAGUAGUGUUUGUCUCGUUCUUCUCACAAUGUGAGAUCCUACCUAAUGGUUCAAAUAAAGCAGCUACAUUCACAAAA